AUGAAUAAAUGUAAAAGGUGUGGAAAUUCGGUUACUACUGGUCCGAAAUGUAUUAUUUGUGGUGUAAUGUCGCACAAUAGCUGUCUAAAGAUGCUAAGAAAUGCGAUUAUCAUAGAUAACAAAACGUCAAAUUGUUGCAAUACGGACUCAGUUGAAACACCUACGAACAUUUUGGAAAAUAUAUCGGUAAAUGAAUCUGUUAAUGAGGUUAAACUUAAAUAUUUGGAGGAAAUACUUAAACAAAAGGAUUUGGUAAUUGAGAAUCAAAAGAUUGCAAUAGGUGCUCUGCAGGAACAAAUAACUUAUCUAAAAGUAUCUAAUACUCUUGAUCCCAAACGUCAAACUCCUGAUGUUACGACUCAACUUUCUACUAACAAUUCAAAUGGCAAAAAUAUGGUUAAAAUAUCUACUCGGGACGUAUCGCAAGCUGUUCACAAUGCUCACGCUCGCGUUAUAUGUGACAAAUAUGUGAAUGAGAAUACAAACUUGCAACAACUUGAAACUGAUAAUGCCAACCACAAUUAUUAUACUUCAGGUAGAGUUGGAAGAAGAAACCGAAAUUUGAUCAUGGGUAAUGCAAAUACGACAAACUGUUCUUUAAAAGCUGCUAUUCGUACAGUUUACAAACAUCUGCACGUGACCAACAUGGAUCCAGCGACAUCACAGGAGGAAUUGCUAUCUUACUUACAAGGUGUAAUACCGUCAGUCAAGGUGGAAAAACUGAAUUCCCGUUUCCCCGAUGAUUACGCUUCUUUUAAAGUAUCGGCACCUAUCAACGAACAUCAACAGCUACUAGUACCAGAAAUAUGGCCGGACAAAGUCAAAGUCAACUACUUACCGAUUAUUGAAAUAAUACCGCAAUAA